GGGGCGAUGGAGGACGGCGGCGGCGGCUGCUGUCGGUGGCCCUGAGAGACUGAGCGGAAGGGCCUGAAAAGCCGUCUACCAUGGAAAGGCUGCUGCUGGUCCAGCUGCUAAUGGUGGGGAGCACGCUCGCUCAGAUCGAGGCCUGCCCCUUCCACUGUGUGUGCCAAAACCUCUCUGAGUCACUCAGCACACUCUGCGCCAACAAGGGUUUGCUCUUCAUUCCCCCCAACAUUGACCGCCGGACAGUGGAGCUGCGUCUGGCUGACAACUUCAUCCGGGUGGUGGAGUCGCCAGACUUUCUGAACAUGUCGGGCCUGGUGGAUCUGACCCUGUCUCGGAACACUAUUGACACCAUCCGCCCCUUUGCCUUUGGGGACCUGGAAAGUCUCCGCUCGCUCCACCUGGAUGGCAACCGGUUGACUGAAAUCGGCGAAGAGGCCUUGAGAGGAAUGCUGAACCUUCAGCACCUCAUCCUUAACAACAACCAGCUGGUGGACAUCUCGGUGGCUGCCUUUGAUGACUUCUUGUUGACCAUAGAGGACCUGGAUUUGUCCUAUAACAACCUGCACACUGUCCCCUGGGAAGGGAUACAAGGGAUGCUCUUCCUACACACGCUCAACUUGGACCACAACCUUAUCGACUUCAUCAUGGAAGGUACCUUUGCUGAGCUGUACAAACUCUCCCGGUUGGAUAUGACCUCUAAUCGUCUUUACACGCUGCCCCCCGACCCGGUCUUUGCCCGCUCGCAAAUCGGGGUUGUCAGUCCGACUCCAUACACCUCCACCCUUGUGCUAAGUUUUGGUGGGAAUCCCUUGCACUGCAAUUGCGAGCUGUUGUGGCUGCGGCGUUUGGCCCGGGAGGACGACAUGGAGACCUGUGCCUCUCCUCCGCAGGUAGCCGGCCGAUAUUUUUGGUCCGUGCCUGAGGACGAGUUCACCUGCGAGCCCCCACUCAUUACCCGCCACACCCACAAGCUCUGGAUCUUGGAAGGCCAAAGAGCCACCCUGAGGUGUCGGGCCAUCGGAGACCCUGAACCAGUCAUCCACUGGGUCUCCCCUGAUGACAAGAUCAUCUCCAAUUCUUCCCGGACUGUGUCGUUCCGCAACGGCACACUAGACAUCCUGGUGACUACUAUUCGGGAUGACGGGGCCUAUACUUGCAUUGCCAUCAAUGCUGCAGGGGAGUCCACGGCUGUCGUGGAUCUCAAAAUCAUUCCUUUACCCCAUCGGGGGAAUGGCAGCAUCACUGUGCUGCAACAGGACCCGGGGUCCUCUGACAUUGCCACAUCGGCCAAGACAUCGGCCAACGCCACCGAGGGGGGUUCUGAGAGGAAAGUGGAAGUAUCCGACGUGACAGCCACCUCCGCACUGGUGCGCUGGGGGGCCGACAAGUCAGCCUACGCAUGGAUGUAUCAGAUCCAAUACAACAGCACGGUGGAUGAAACUCUCAUUUACAGAAUCAUCCCCGCCAGCAGCCGCCAUUUUGUUCUGAAGCACCUCGUGCCCAGUGCGGAUUAUGACCUGUGCGUCUUGGCCAUCUUUGAUGACACGGCCACGUCCCUGGCAGCCACACACUUGCUGGGUUGCACUCAGUUUUCCACAGGGGAGGCCUACCCAGAUUGCCACUCACUACAUGCCCACUUCCUGGGCGGGACACUGACGGUGAUUGUGGGUGGUAUCAUUGUGGUCACCUUGCUGGUUUUCACGGUGGUCAUGAUGGUGAAGUAUAAGGUCUGUAGUAGCGCCCAUGGUAGCCUGCCCAAGGUCACCAAUGUCUACUCACAGACCAAUGGUGGGCACCCAAAUGGCCUGCUGCCCCAGCGGACACCCCCCAAGGAACGGGGCCCCAAGCACCGGCGUGUGCGAGUCAAGGCUGCUCGGUCAGAAGGGCCUGAGCACAGGACGGGGGACGGGAUGGGGGGAGUGGCCUGGAGGUCACCUGUCCCCGCCAAGACAAAGCGCAGCAGCUCCCUGGACAUGGGCGACAUCUCGGCCAAUGCUUGUUACAGCUACGCCAAGCGCCUCAGCUUCAUGUGGACCAAACGCAGCCAGUCUGUGCACGGGAUGCUUGUGCAAUGUGCGGCGGCCCCCGAGGGAGAUGCCAAAAGGCUUGGGCCCUUCUUAAAUGCAGACGAACUUGAAGAAAGCGUGGUAUAGCCCACAGCCUGGAGGGGGGAAGUGGGAAUGAGUGUUCCACCCCACACAGCUAGGAGGGCACGUCGGACUGCAGCUAACACCUGGAUCAGCCACGGAUGAGCAAAGGUGUUGGAGAGGGGGCGAGAGGAGAGUCCUCUAAUAGAUACAGCAGAGCUAGGGGACUUCCAACAGGAUGCACUGGAUGUACAACAGAGCCCCAUCCGGGCUAGCAACUGUGCCUGUAGGUGCAGCAAGGGUGCUUCAUGGAAGCACCUGUGCCAAUCACGAUGAAGCCUACAGAGGCCGGGCUGGGUGCUGGACAUUCUCCUGGGGAGCGAAAGCACGCUUAAGGGUGACGGAAGGAGAGCUGCUCUGACCGGAAGAUCAGGAAUGUACUUUGUUCGGCUCAGCCUCCGAGGCAAGGGGCUGCCCUGUUUCUCAGCAUUUUUGCCCGUGCCAGUGGUCCUUUGGAGUGGGGAGCAGGGAUGUGCCUACAGGAAGCCAAACAGCGAAGUUAUGAACACUGAAAUUGUUUGUUGUGGACAGAAAGGGGUGUGUCUUUUUAAAAUCAUUUGCCAAAAAAAGAGAGAAAAGAAUACUAAUAAAAUAACCCCAAAUUGUCAAUGUUACUACAGAUGGGAACGGGAAAAGCAAGUACUGUGGGCAGAGUUGUGUAUAAUCUGUACUAAAAAUGGGGCUGGGCGGUGGGGGGCUCAGAAUUCUACAUCAGGGUAACCCAAAUUCUGUACCAAGGAAAGCUGGAAUUCCAC